AUGGCAGACAAAGAUACAGAUGAACAAAAAGAGACCAUCGCAGAAGAUCUCGUGGCUAUACAAAAAUAUAAGAUGGCUGGUGAGAUUUCUAAUUGUGUGAUUCAAGGAGUCAUUGCCCAAUGUGUAGCAGGAGCUUCAGUUCGAGAUCUCUGCUCACUGGGAGACAGACUUGUCCAUGAAGAAACCUCCAAGGUCUUUAAGAAGGCAAAAGAUAUGAAGAAAGGCAUUGCUUUCCCAACCUGUGUCUCUGUCAACAAAACUGUGUCUGCCAUUUUUCUCCUUUGUGAUCUUGGUGCUCACGUUGAUGGAUUCAUUGCGUCUGUGGCUCACACUGUUGUUGUUGGCAGUUCACCAUCAACUAAAAUUACUGGCCGCAAAGCUGACAUUCUCCUGGCAGCUCACUAUGCCUCUGAAGCUUUUUUCAGGUUAAUGAAAUCUGGUACAGAGAAUCAAGCAGUUACCAACGUUGUCCAAAUGAUCGCCGAAAGCUUUAAGUGUAAACCGAUCAUUGGAAUGCUUAGCCACCAGCUCAAGCAGUUUGAGAUAAACGGUGAAAAGUCUUAUCAUUCAGAACCCAAGCGAAAACGAGCCUCUGGUGAAGGAAUGGCUAAGGAGAUGGACUCUCGCACUACCGUGUUUAAAAAAAACAAUGAGAUGUACGUACUGAAGGAGAACGCUCCCAAUGCUCUGUUCAUAGAAGUCAACUCGAAGUGCGGCACGAUGCCGUUCUGCCUUCGUAACCUGGAGGACGAGAAGAAAGCAUGCGUGGGAGUCCCCGAGUGUGUCUCCCAUCAAUUGCUCGAACCGUUUCCUGUUCUUUACGAGGAGCCUAGUGAGUAG